AUGGCAUCACCUCAAGACUCGCCGUCUUUCUCCUUCACGACGCCCGAGCAGCAGCGUCACCGCUUUUCAGGCAACACGGACGCUGCCAACAUUGAGGACUGGCACUUCCGCGACGGUCCUAGUCCUAUCACGCCUCGUAGAUUCCAGGGAGAAGAGCAGGACGAGAGUAAAGCCGAGGAAUCUCAAGACCAGAACUAUAGCUUCGCUCACUCGCAUUUUAGACGACGUAACAGGCUGGAAACGCGGCUAGAAGAGCUUCAGAAAGACGUGGCUAGCCUCACGCUUAAGUUACGCACCAAUGGCAGUCGCAACACGUCACUAGAUGCGUCAAGCUUCCUCUAUACACCGAAACAGGAAGUGGAGGACGUUAAGAGCCAUAAGAGCAGCAUCGUCAAGACAUUGAGAGAGUUGCACAACGUCACGACAGAGAGAGAUCAACUCAAAUUCGAGCUGGAGAGGACCAAAAGAGCUUUGUCCGUUGCCGAGAAGAAAUAUCGGGACGUGGAGAAGAGUAAGAAGGCUUACGAAAAGCUUAAAGCGCACUGCGAUUCUCUGCAAGAAUCGCUUGACUUGUCAGAGAAAAUCCGAGUUAGACAAAAGAAAGACCGACAAGGGUAUACACACAUCGGAUACGACAUUUUGGACUCUCUCGUCGCAUCCAGCCACCCGGACGAGGAAGACGCGGGUCUUUCUCCACACGAGCAAGCGCCAAGCGAACCCACAGCUGCAACUCGCUCCAGGACUCCACGCUCAGUGUUGAAGCCUACUACGCCCACUACGAAGCAGCAUCGCCUCGAUUUUGAUAGUCUCCUUCAAGUGGAUGCCCCUCAGUUUAGCACCAGACGUCCAAGUCGCAUGGCUACUACGCGAAGGCCUAGCCAGACGCAGGCCCAGCAACGUGAAGCCAUGCGUCAGGCUGCGAGAUGGGCACGCAGCAGAGGAAGCGCUGUUGACAUCUCCACAUCGACGACUCAACUACCGUCCAGGAGAACCCCCACUGGUCGACCUAAGAAUAGUUUUCUUGCCCCUACCCAAGCUAGCUUACGUAGACUACAUGACGUUCCUCGUCGAAGUGGUCAAGAGCGACCCCCGUUCGUUGUAUAA